AUGUUCUUCACCAAUAAAUUGAUCAAUGCGGCUUUAAUGGCCAUCUUGGCCAACAACAUGCUGUUGGCGGCGGCAUCAGACUGGGUGGCUCAGCAACACGUUCUUAAUCCCGGGCAACUUGGCCAAGACAACCUAGAGCAGUGGACGAAGACAAAGAAAAAUGUGGUCCUAAUAAUGUCUGACGAUCAAGAUGCCACGAUGGAAUCUGUAUCUUACAUGCCAAGGUUGAAGCAGCACAUCAUCGAUAAGGGUACACACUUUGCCAAUCAUUUCACCACGACGGCCAUCUGUUGUCCAUCUAGGGUGUCGUUGUGGACGGGCAAGCAACCGCACAACACGAACGUCACGGACGUAGAUCCGCCAUAUGGGGGCUUUCCCAAAUUCAUUUCUCAAGGCUUGAACGAUGCUUAUUUGCCAGUCUGGCUCCAGGAGGCCGGAUAUGCAACAUAUUACACUGGAAAGAUGUUCAACUCACAUACAGUCUGGAACUACCAUUCGCCCUUCCUCAAAGGUUGGGACGGCAGCAACUUCCUCCUCGACCCCGGAACAUAUUCAUAUUUGAACCCGAUCUACCAGAGGAAUCAUGAUCCCCCAACUCAGUUCCACGGACAACACACAACUGAGCUAAUACAGAGCCAUGCUUCUGAGCUCAUUGAUGCAGCAAUAGGCUCGGGCAAGCCCUUUUUCGUAGCAAUCGCCCCUAUCGCUCCGCAUUCCAAUAUUGACACAAAUGAUGGUGGUGACCCAGUCAUGACGGAACCUAUUCCCCUCGACAGACAUCGUCACUUAUUUCAGGAAGCUCAGGUCCCACGCACCGCGAACUUCAACCCAGACAAGGCAAGCGGCGUGAGUUGGGUCGCCAACUUGCCACAGUUCAAUGAGACCAUGGUCCGCUAUCUUGACCACUUCUACCGCCAGCGCCUUCGGGCCCUUCAGGGAGUCGACGAGCUCAUUGAGAAGGUCAUUUUGCAGCUCGAUGAUGCCCGUGUCCUCGACGACACAUACAUCGUUUUCACUUCAGACAAUGGUUAUCACAUUGGCCAGCACAGGUUGCCCCCCGGCAAAGAAUGCGGUUUUGAGGAGGAUAUACGUGUGCCGCUCUUCAUUCGAGGACCUGGGAUCCGCGAGGGAGCCGUCGAGAACGCGGUCACGGCGCACAUUGACAUUGCGCCAACUAUUUUCGACAUUGCGGGCAUUGAGCUCCGCCAAGAUUUUGAUGGCUCGCCGUUGCCCAAUAUUCCUAGCGCUGUGCCAGGCCAUAUUGACAAGCAGGAAAAUGAGCGGCAGGAACACAUCGCAGUCGAGUAUUGGGGCACGGCGAUAGCAGAAGGCGAGGCCGGAGGAUUCGAUGGCAAUGGUCAAAUUGUAAUGUCUAAUAACACAUACAAGGCUCUGCGGAUUCAUAGUAGAUCACAUGUUCUUUACUAUGCCGUUUGGUGUAACAAUGAACACGAACUAUACGACCUCAAAGUGAGUUGUUUUGCCAUCAGAACCAAUAGUGAGAGCACAUUGAUUGACUUUUGCUGUAUCCAGACCGACCCGCAUCAGAUGCUAAAUAUAUUUCCCGAGUAUCUGUCGGAUAUACCUCCGACCGCACUCGUUAGAAUGAUUACUCGCCUCGAUGCUCUUUUAAUGGUUUUGAAGUCUUGCAAGGGCGAGACAUGCAGGAAGCCAUGGAAGGUGUUACAUCCUGAUGGGGAUGUUGGCAACCUGGACGAUGCUCUGGACUCGAAAUUUGACUCGUUCUAUCAAACUCAAGCCAAGGUAGCGUUCACCAGGUGCGAACCGGGCUACAUAAUAUCAUCGGAAGGUCCUCAGACUGCGAAACAAUACCGGGGGGAUCUUAGCUGGUCGCAUUGGUCCUAA